GGUGGAUUACUGCAUUUAAACUUUGAAAGAUUCUAUGGAGAUUUGGUUGAGUUUUUGUUGAAGAACUUUAGACCAAUUUCAGGACAGCUACAACUUGCCAACGGUGAGCUGCUAGAUAUUGAAGAUGAAGAUGUCAAAGCUGUAUUUGGUCUGCCAAAAGGAAAGAUUGAAGUUCAAGAAGCGAAUGCGAAGAAUGAAACUGAAGAGUAUACCCAACUGCUGCAAGAAUGGAGGGAAGAAUGGGGGAUUGAUAAAGGAAGCCCUCAUACAUCAAAAAUGAUUGAAAAAAUAGUUGCAGAUACUGAUUCUGGAGACCGAUUCAUCAGAAACUUUGUGGUCUUUACAGUCUCUUGCCUCAUCAGAGGAAACCAGAGUGUUAGAAGCAAUUUUAAAAUAUUGCUAUCUUUGGUGAAUGUAGCCGAUAUACCAAAGAUGAACUGGUGCAACUACACAAGAAGAUCGUUGAUAGAUGCAUGUGAGGAAUGGCAAGCUAAUCAAUCAAAGAUGUUUAGUGGACCAUUAUUGUUUCUAAUGAUAUGUUACUUUGACCGAGUACAAUUCAAAGGCCAAAUAACGCAGACUGCUUACCCAACAAUUAGAAUCUGGGGCAAGGAGAAAAUUGACAAGAGAGUGAAAGAUGAGAGAAAGGUGGGUUUUGGUCUGGGGAAGGUGACAAAGCGAAUAAUAAUAGUGGAAGAUGAAGAUGAAGAUGAAGAAAAAGAAGGAAAGGAAGAUGAAGAAAAUGAAGAUGCUGAAAUGUUGUCAAAGGAGGAUUGUGUGAAGGAGAUUAUAGCUGUGGCACAAAAGUUUAGUGAUGCUUUUGUUGAAUUUUCAAAGUUGCCAUCGACAAUUUCAAAAAGAUUCCCAAACUCAGAUAUCUUGAAAAAGAUAUACAUGACGACUGCUGAUUACUUCAUCAAGCAAGCUAAUGGCAAAGAGCAGGCCAAUGAGAAUCAGAGAUUGUUUGAGAAGUGCACAUUGGAAGAAGAUGAUGAUUUCUUCAAUGAACCUGGUGUAAUGGAAGCACUUAUAAACCUUGAGAAAGCUGCACUACUGAAAUUCUCAAUGCCUUCAUUUGAUUUGGGCAUUGAGUUUACCAUGUCUCAACCUGAAGCAAAUGCCAAUCCAAAGAAUCAGAAGCAGACUGAUGAAC